AUGCCCUCAAUUGAUGCUGACACGCCACUUCCCUCAACUGAGGGUAUCACGGAAACAAGCUCCAGUCCAGCUUCCCCAAACAGGCACCGCACUCCUUCUGUUUCUAUUACCCCUCCUUCUGGCAGGACCAGGGGAGAGUCUCAUGGGCUCACAUCUGCCAUCAACAACAUUCGUCUCUCCGACACAAAUGGACACACUCUCUCUCCGGAACCGAGGCGCUCAAGAAAUGGCACGCCCCGAAGACGCCGUUCAAGCACCGGAGCUGUUCAGCAGCAUGAUGUUGCCGACGAAGAACUUCCUGAUGAUGCAUUCCAUUCCCCCGAGUUCCAAGGAGCUUUCCGAGAUGCCAAGCAGCUGAUGUCCAAUAUCCAAGGCGUUUUGGGAAGCUCAAAUAUCCACGAAGGGUCCGAAUCGACCAUGCGAAAGCUUCACGAGGAGGCCGGAAAGCUUGCCACCUUCGAGUACCCAGCAACCCGUACCGUCGGAUUCGUAGGCGACUCUGGUGUUGGCAAAAGCAGUUUGCUCAAUUCGCUCCUUGAUACAAAGGGGCUUGCAAGGACUAGCAACAAUGGCGAAGCCUGCACAUGCGUUGUGACAGAGUACCAUUAUCACAAUCGUGACACGCUUGACAUUCGAGUCAAUUUGUUCUCAAUCGAGGAACUUCAAGAUCAACUGGGUCGACUUCUCCAAGUUUAUCGUACAUUUGAACUUUAUCGGGAUGAGAUCACUGAUGCCGCUGAACGUCAAGACAUGGAAGCGAAUGCCAAAGUGGCCAAGGACACGUUUCAAGCCAUGUUUCGCGGUCGACUGACUGAUGAAGCAUUUCUGAUUCGUGAAACUUAUGAUGACGUACUCAAUAGACUCACUCGUUGGGCAGCUGAUGCAAGGCCUUCCCCUCUGAGGACUUGUCAUACAGGUCUCUCUCCCCAAGCUUGCUCCAACACUCUGAUGGAGCUUUCUUCUGAGCCAGCGUCAAGAGAUUCGCCAGCGACAUGGCCCUACAUUCGGAGCAUCAAGGUCUUUUUGAAUGCGCAUAUCCUCAGCCGAGGGUUGAUUCUUGUGGAUCUACCCGGCCUUCGAGACCUCAACUCAGCUCGAAGGAUCAUCACUGAACGUUAUCUCCUCGAGUGCAAUGAGAUAUUCGCAAUCUGCAACAUAGGACGUGCCGCCACUGACGAGGGUGUUCAUCAAGUGUUCGACUUGGCCGAUCGUGCUCGUCUGUCCAAUGUUGGAAUAGUCUGUACUCGCUCUGAUGACAUCGACCCUGAAGAGUCAAUCCGAGAUUGGCCAGGCAGAAGAGCAAGACAUAUUGAACAGCUUUUGGACCAUAUCGAGACGGCCACCAAGGAAAUCGAAGAAUUACAGGCGGACAUUGAAGAUUACGAGGCCGGAGAUCUAUCCGAACAAGAAAGACAGGAACUUGUAGAAUGUCGGGAGGAUCAACGACGAGCAAGCACUCGCAAACAGAACUAUGAUUUUGAACUCAAAGAAUAUCUGAUCAAAACCCGCAAUCGGAUCAUCACUGAAUCACUCACAAACACUUGCGCCGGCCGGGUGACAGACGCUAGAGUCUUUUGCGUGAGUAACACAAUCUACUGGCAAAACAGAACUGCGAGGAAGUCUGAGGCCAAACGAUAUCUCGAUCUGAGUGGCAUUUUGCACGUACGCAAACACUGCAUCUCGAUUGUCGCAAACAGUCAACGACGCAUCGCCACACAAUACAUGAAAGACCAGAUCCCUGCGCUGCUUGCUGACAUCGAGCUAUGGGUCCAAUCUGGAGCACGUACUGCGAGCGAAGAACGUCGCGAGGCACUCUGCCAAACUCUUGAUAGUGUUGAGCGUCGUCUGAGGAAGGACUUUGCAUCGCGCGCUUUUAGUCGCUUAGCAAGGGGAUACAACGAAGACUUUGCAGAACACGUUUACAACAAUCGUCAUGUUUCUUCAUGGAGCCGGUCAGCCAAAAGUGCUAGCCAAGAUUGGGCAGGGGUACGUUCUUAUUCUGCAUUUUGUCGAAACUUUGGGGACUACUGCACACCUGCAAUCGGAUCACGAAAUUGGAACGAGGAAGCCAUGGAUGGGAUGGUCAGUGACCUUGGAGGGCCUUGGGAAGAAAUGUGUGGUGCCAUACAGGAGCGACAGUCGAGUAUGCUUGAGAAUGCCGACGCAUUCACAGACUUGGCCAUUGAGAAACUUGAAGAGCACAAUUCUGUGGCUUUGACUCAAGCUCUUGAAACUCGUCAAAGGAUAUUUUUGGCUGUUGUUGAGAAGGUCAAUGAUGAGUUCGAAAACAACCUCAGGAUCCUCCGCAUCGAGUCACUUUCUGGCAUUCGAAGCUCACUUUUCGGAAAAGCGAUGGAACAAUUUUACGGUAGAUGCAAUGCCGAAUUCGGCCGAGGAAGUGAUGCUCGUCGAAAGGCAAUCAUCAGAGGGGCUUUGAGCGAUGAAGAUUUGUUCACCAAGCUCAUGAGAAGCCUCAAAGACAGUUUCCGGGCCAAUUCAGAAUACAUGCAGACGAAAAUACGAGAGGCGACUGUGGAGUACAUGCGCGUUAUCGAGGAGCGGUUUGACCUCGUUCGGAGCGAGAACGUGGCUCGGGAGAGUGAGCAGGAUCCAGACUUUCGGCUUCGAGUUGAUGAAGUCGCCCGAACUGGAAGGGAAACUAUGCAGAGGCAUCGAGAACUGCUAAAUUUCUACAGCAUCCUAAAAAUGUCUCGCACAAUGUUUCGACACGGUCUGCGCCCGCUCCGGCCCCAUGUCUCGACAUUUCGUCGUUACAUCUCGACUCGAGACAUGACGGCUGCUGAUCUGAAGAAACUGAAGGUUGAUCAAUCGCGAUUGAUGGACACUCUUCACGACACCUGCAAAUGGGGGACUGGGCUCAAAUGGGGAGACAAUCCAACCGACACGGGAAUGUCACGACUGGCACUUUCGGACUCGGACAAAACAGUCCGAGAUUGGUUUGUCGAAACUACCAAGUCUCUUGGAUGCAGAGUGACCAUUGACUCAAUUGGAAACAUUUUUGCAAUUCGACCUGGCCGUAAAGAUGGACCUCCAACUUUGGCCGGAAGUCAUUUGGACACUCAACCUACCGGUGGUCGCUACGAUGGUAUUCUCGGUAUUCAAGCAGGAAUCGAGAUGCUCAAGAUUCUUCAAGACCACGAUGUUGAGACAGAGUAUCCUGUCGGUGUGGUCAAUUGGACAAAUGAGGAGGGUGCACGAUUCCCAAUCAGCAUGAUGGCUUCUGGUGUCUGGGCUGAAGCGAUCUCGGAAGAGCGUGCUCACAACUUGAAAGAGGUGUCCGGGGACGCAACAGUCAAAUCUGAACUGGAGAGAAUUGGGUACCUCGGUGAUACACCUGCAAGCUACAAGGCUAUGCCAAUCGGGGCUCAUUUCGAACUUCACAUCGAACAGGGCCCGAUUCUUGAGAGGGCUGGAAAGAAGAUUGGAGUUGUUCAAGGCGUUCAGGCUUACAAGUGGUUCACUAUUGACAUCACCGGACGAGAUGCCCACACUGGUUCAACUCCAUUCUCCGACCGAGCCGAUGCUCUUUUACUCGCUGCACGAUUGAUCACGCACUCGCAUCGACUGGCAACAAAGCACAAUGCCCUCGCAUCGACUGGUAUUCUGAACCUCACUCCUGGAAGCACCAACACCAUCCCCGGUCACGUCAGCUUCACUCUUGACAUUCGAUCGCCUUCUGAUCAGACGGUCGAAAAGCUUGAGGAGGAGCUGCGCCGCGACUUUGAUCUGCUGGCCCGCGGAACAGACGUAGACGGAUUGCUGUCCGGAUCAACUCCCGCCUUGCCACUGUCUCUCAAAUGGCGGACCGACACAAUCUCAACUGCGACAAAGUUCCAUCCAGAUUGCAUCCAAGCAGUUAGAGAGUCUGCCGAGUCUACUCUUGGAAAAGAUGCUGCUAUUGGCAUCUCUAGCGGCGCCGGUCAUGACAGUGUCUACACGAACAAGCAUUGUCCUACGACCAUGAUCUUCAUCCCAUGCAAAGGAGGAGUCAGUCACAACCCCGAAGAGUACUCAUCUCCAGAAGAGUGCGCUAUUGGAGCAGAGGUUCUGUGUCAGGCAGUUGUCCGAUAUGAUCAGAAGAGGGCACGAGUCGCAUAA